CUCCAGGCUGGAGGCUCCAGCUGGCGCCUGCCUGAUAAGGGCAAAGCGCGACACGAUAACUGGAAGUGUUCCUCAGAUUCCCGAUCGGGGAGGCGGUAGCGGAAGCACAAGGGUGCGAUAAGCUGUGCUCAGGGGGUUAUAGGAUUCAACUCUUUUCCGUGCUUAGAGGCCUCCCGGAAUAUACUUAGCACAACGUGGCCUCUUCUGUAUACUAGAUUGUGAUUCAUCUGCUUGCCUCCUUCAAUUCGCUCCAAAUGUCCUCUUUUCUCUUAUUAUAAACAUAACAAGCCUCUGUCCAUCUGAAACAUUCUUUAGUGACCCAGACAUUAAGGCCAAAGUUAGCCCAAAUCAACCGUAUUCAGUGGCACUAUGGUAUGCUAUAGAUCUAUGCAGUGUGGUGUCAAAUUGGCAUACAUAUGGUCUUGGAUACUGAUCUCAAAUUGCAGGCUCAAACACCACAGCAGAGAAAGGCCAAUGAGAGGUAUGCAAAGCAUGAAGCCGCGAAGCGUGGCAAAGGAGGGGUGAUGGCGAAGCCAAAGCAGAACUCACGGUCUCCAGUAUCUACUGGCUGGAUUGUCAUCCUUGCGUUCGUUGUUUGUGGUGGAAUAUUUCUCGAAUUACUGGGGAUUGUGCCUCGGUUAUGGUCCGCUCUUGUCACGAACUUUAGUCAGUUGCUGCAGUAG